AGCCGCUUUAACGGACUUGAACCCCGCAGUAAAUCUGGAGGAGACACACACAGUCUGGAACGCAAACAUUUUCGGUCUGCAACGGAUACACAUAGUCUGGAACGGAGACGUCGUCUUCCUGACGUUCCUUCGCAUUCUUUACCAAGGCCCGAGAAGAGAUCACUAAGUGAUAACAGGGGACGAUCUGAAGCCACCAACGACGAUCGUUGGCGAUCUCACAGCCAAGGAGAUAUUGUAGAUAAUACUAAACGAAAGCUGCCAAAUGUUCCAGGUGGGAGGAACCUUCGUGAGCCAACCCCUGACUAUGAUUCUUCAUCCCCGCCCCCUGGACACGCCAAUAGGCAGGGUAGGCGGAACAGUGAUGUGGGCGUUCCUUCGGAAAAACAGACCUCUGUGCGAAGAAAUGCUUCAACAAUGGAAAAAACAAGAAAAUUAGAAGGUGUACCUUUACAGCCUCGUCACUCUCCUAUUCUUAAAAAAAUGAAACCGCCGCCGGAAACAGCACCGCCGAAACCGGUUCGACCGACGAAAGCCAAGAUCGUCGGCGGUAAACUAAAAGCGGAAGAAAGCAUAAAUUUCAGUGAUUUAGAAAGCACAAGGAUUGAUUUUGACGAGGGUGGAGCGAUGAACCAUGUAUCCCUUGAGUCUGAUAAUAACUCCGACAUUGUUUUCGACGAGACCAAGAUGGUUCCUGCAGGGAAGGAUUUUAAGAUCGUCUUCAUCUCCUCUGAGUCUAAAUCUGGAUCUGAGCUCAACUCUAGCCUGGAGUGUGAACUCAACCCAGAACACGAGGAAACUCUAAACAAUGUUAAAGGAGAUUUUAUUGAUGAGCAGGAUUGGUUGAAUUACAAGAAGAAAAUCAAAAAAACCCAGAAAGCAGAAGGGAAAAAAUCAGAAAAAAAUAAGAGGACACUAUCCGAAAUUCUCCACAGGAACAGUCCAAAAACCUUUAUGCUGGACGAUUUUAACUACGUAGGCAAUCUGAAUGGAGAAUCCCGAAAAACCCCGAUUUCUCCGAUCGUAAAAAGGUCCCUGGAGGCUCCUCAAAUGACUGGGAGGUUAGGGUCUCCACGCCCCCCUUUUGGAUCGCCGAGGUUACGCCAUCCGUCGAAUUCUCCCAGUAUCAAAACUAUCCUAACCAGCGCUACUAAAGAUCCUAAUUCUAUUCCUGCUUCGCCUAGUAUACCUAAAAUACAUAACAUUGCAAUUAGACGUGAGUACGAGCUGCCUCCUAGACCACGGAGUGCCAUGAGUAAUGCAACCAUGUGUUCUGAAACUAGUCAGGAUAUAGAAGUUCAAAAUAUAUUAGGAAUAAAGUAUGGGACAAAACAGCUGAAUCCAAACGAGUCCCAGGAAAUAAUGAUUGAUUUUGAUACAACUCAAUCAGACUCGUUCGAUCUUAACCAUUCUUUCGAUAUGUCCCAUAUCAAUAAAAGAAUGCCGAACUUGAAGUCAAAGGAUAAACCCGGAGAUGCAUUGAUCAGAUCGAGCGAGGAUCGAUCCAUGGAUGAAAUGUCACUCCACGAUCAAAUCAUCAAACAGAACAGCAAGAAGGAGAACGUUGAAGAGUUCCGGAAUCUUGUUCUUGCAGAAAUCAAAUCAAUUCAAGGGAAUGGUUUGGUGUCCAGAUCAUUAUCUGAGUCCGACUUGUCCGAGUUAGACAGCGUAGGGAUUUCAGGGAGAGACAGUAGAAUUUCAAAUAAAGAUGGCGGAUCAGAGAAGAAUAAUGGCAGACAGAAGAUUCAAAAUGGCGUAGAAGAAAAGACGACUGGUCCCGUCAAUAGUUUAAAUUUUAGGUUUGGAACUACUACAAGAUCAAUCAGUUCACCUAGACCUAGAACAUCUUCUCGUCCUUCUAGUACACCCCGUUCUACCAGUACACCUCGUCCUUCUAGUACACCGCGACCUGGGAGUACGCCACGACCGAUGAGCACAAGUAGAACGUCGAUUAGUAUAGAGAGCUCAACUCCCUCUAGCGGUGAACAUAGAAAUACAUCUGGAUAUAGUCCGCACACAGACAAAUCUCAAG